AUGACGACCUUCUGCUUCCAAACACAGCUGGUGUCCAUCAUGGACGCGUUAUCCAAAGCGGCCGUGACUGAAAUCGGCAAACUGGUGGACAUCGAGUCAAAGAUGCUGAAAAUCGAGAUCACCCGUGGGCGGAACGAAAUCGCUUCUCUGACCGAGAAGCUGCAUCUGAUGGAGACUUUGCUGCAUAUGGCGCAACGGGGCAGGCAGCAGGACGUCCGAGAAGGGUUAGAAAGCGUCGUGCUGGAGCCUGACAGAGCAAGACCUCCUUCAAAAAGUGACUGUGCAUGGGAGAAGAUGAGCUCUUCACCUGAAACUAGCACUUUGCUCCAAGACGAGCAACAUCUCCCAGCCCAGUUGCCAACAGAGCAGACUGAGCUGUUGGUGGUAAAGGAGGAACCCGCAGAGGUGUUCGACAGCGAACCAGAACCGGAUCGGACCAACAACACCCAGAAGAUUCCAGAUGCGAGCCAGCGCCACAAACCCGUCCCCGAACGCCACCUUCCCGUGGUCCUCGACUGCUUCGUGAGCCUGAACGAACCCGAGAGGAGGGACGCGAACGUCAACCCGCAGUUCGCGCACGCAAACCACGAAACCGACAAAAGCGCGGUCCCGACCAACUCGCACCGUAACGGCAAGAUGCACCACGUCAGGACUUCCCCCGCCGCCAAAAGGUUCGGCUGCUUACAGUGCGGGAAGAGUUUCCGCUGCUACAGCCAGCUGGAAAUCCACCAGAGGAGUCACACGGGAGAAAAGCCUUUCCGAUGCACGCUGUGCGGGAAGAGGUACGCGCAGAAAGGCCACCUGUACACGCACCAGCGCACGCACACCGGGGAGAAGCCGUACCGCUGUCCCAUUUGCGGCAAGGGCUUCAUCCAGAAGUGUACCAUGGACAUGCACCAGCGCACCCACACGGGAGAAAAGCCCUUUGUGUGCGUGCAGUGCGGCAAGGGCUUCACAAAGAACUGCAAUCUGAAAAAACACCUCUUGGUGCACCUCGAGACCGAUUUGCAACUCUACGGAAGUAACGCCACGCUGAGCGAAACGUAUCUAAACGAAACGUCGGCGAACACCGUGCCCAGUCUUACGUAA